UGUAAACUCAUUCGCAGCAGAGAGACCUAAGAGAGCCAACCAUCCCCCCUUUUACUUAACUGGAUCCGAUGCAGGCACUAAGUGCAGAUCUAAGGGUGCCAGAGCCCACUCCAGAAAAUGAUGGCAUUUCUGAAGGCCUCAAGAGAAGCCACCAAAACAAUGUGGUUCUUGAGAAGUUUGCCCAAAACAUUACAGAGAACAUAAUCCAGUCGUUUAUAAGCCAAAUGGAAAUGGUGGAACCAGAGGUGGACUGUGUGGUGUCCGGAUUUAAUCAAAACCAGGAGAUGUUGGCUGAAGAGUUAGCCUCAGCAGUGAUAGAGGUUGCUCUGAGGGAGGUGUGUAACAGUCAAAACAUGGAGGACCAUCUGGAGGGUUUCCAGAGUUCAAGACCUUUUAUGAAUGAUUCUGAGAGUGAAAUAGACUUUUUGGGCAUGGACUCAGAGACGGAGCCAGGCAAAGAAACCCAGACUUCCAAAGACACACAGCCCUGCUACCCACCUCUGUCCCAAUCAGGGCUACCUGUCAUGGGAUCCCUGGACUACCCAGACGCCCCUCCAACCACGCCUCUCCUCCCUGAGCUUGAGAGGAGCAGGAACAGUUUUGCCAGGAAGCUAAAAGGAGGCUUGGCAAAGGUUUUUCUGCCUUCACCGCCUCCGCCAACCCCAAAGGACGAAGACCCCCACUCAGACAGUGCCAUUACGGACCCCAGGGUGGAGUUAAUGGAGCACCUGAUGCACUCACUGCCCACAGAUGAUUUGGCAAGAGACUCUCUUGAAGUAGGAACUCACCAUGGAGACAAUAUGGAGGCUUUUGCGGAGGCUCUUUCAUGCGAUAUCCUCGACUGGGUCUUGAGUGGCAGAAACAAACAGCAAAUACCAGAUAGCAAUCUUCACCUACUAGCCCACCAACUGGCUGAAACCAUCAUCACCUCCUCUCUUGAUGAAGCUAAAAUAUCUUUCUAGUGUUUUAAUGAGGUACACACACUCGAAAGAACAAAAAUAUUGAGACCCACCCACACGUUGCCUCCUGCCUGACAUUUUCAUUAAAGUGUGGUUUACUGCAAUAAUAUUGUUCAAGAAUCUGAAGCUAAUUUUGUUCUUUUGUUCUAAAUUUAUUUCUCAAUAAAGUUCAGUCAAAGCUCAUCCAGAUGAAGAGUUCAAUUGUGAAAUAUUUAUUGCAACAAAACUGACCAGCGAUCCAACAAAAAGAUGGCGUGGCACUUUUAAUGACACGUAGCUGUAUAUUUUAGAUGCUGGAAGAUGAACUUGAGGUUGUGGUUUUAGGCCAAGAUGAAAAAAGCAGGAAAACUCUAAUGGUUUUCAAUGCAAUUUUGACUGAGAUCCAACUGCAGUAACCAAAAAUGUCCUUUAGAUGGCAACACGGGAGCAAUCUGAGUGUUUUAAGCUGUUUACCUGACAAAAAUUGAUUUAAAAUCAGUUUUUCAUUUCAGAAGAAAAAGUUUGCUAUAAAUAUUCAUGUCAGAUUGUUGAAGCUAUAAUUGUCUUCAUGUGUUGUCAAUAACUUGUUUUGUCUGUCUUGAUUUAUCUUUACUGGUCAGGUCUUUUGCUAAAUACAAUACCUUAAUAAAGACUUUGUUUUUGAAUGUUAA